UCCUCUGUGCGCGCAGGUCGACGCUGCUGACGCCGCUCCUCCGCCAUCUUCAACUUCCUAUUGUUUGCAUCAGACGGAGGCUGUCUGCUCUGCGGUGAGAGAGAGGGACGGAGCGCGGAGACUCGGCCACCGAUCCGUCGUCAAGCCGUAGACAUUCGCCCCCCUUUCCACGUCCCGCAGCCGCUCCGGUGCAAGAGGACCAUUUGUAUGCCACUGGAUUAAAGGGAUCGCAGCGGAACAUUGACGAUGGAGGACGACCAGCCCAGAACCUUGUAUGUGGGAAAUCUGUCCAGGGAUGUCACCGAGCCCCUCAUCUUGCAGGUCUUCCAGCAGAUAGGACCCUGCAAGAGCUGUAAAAUGAUCGUCGAUACGGCUGGAAAUGAUCCAUACUGCUUUGUGGAGUUCUAUGACCACAGGCAUGCUGCUGCCUCACUGGCAGCCAUGAAUGGAAGGAAAAUAAUGGGUAAGGAGGUCAAAGUCAACUGGGCCACGACGCCGACCAGCCAGAAAAAAGACACAAGUAAUCACUUUCAUGUGUUUGUUGGAGACCUCAGCCCAGAAAUAACCACAGAAGACGUCAAAGCUGCCUUCGGCCCGUUUGGCAGGAUAUCAGAUGCUCGUGUAGUGAAAGACAUGGCUACAGGGAAGUCUAGAGGUUAUGGCUUUGUGUCCUUCUUCAACAAAUGGGAUGCAGAGAACGCCAUCCAGCACAUGGGCGGCCAGUGGUUAGGAGGUAGACAGAUUCGAACUAACUGGGCCACAAGAAAGCCCCCUGCCCCAAAGACCACCUAUGAAAAUAACUCGAAGCACCUAUCCUUUGAUGAAGUAGUGAGCCAGUCCAGCCCCAGUAACUGCACCGUGUACUGCGGCGGCGUCAGCACGGGCCUGACAGAGCAACUGAUGAGACAGACCUUCUCCCCUUUUGGACAAAUCAUGGAAGUCAGAGUAUUUCCAGACAAAGGCUAUUCAUUUGUGAGGUUUAACUCGCACGAGUCGGCGGCCCACGCCAUUGUGUCCGUCAACGGCUCUUCAAUAGAGGGACACGUGGUGAAAUGCUACUGGGGGAAAGAGACUCCGGACAUGAUGAACUCCAUGCAGCAGAUGUCCAUGCCCCAGCAGAACAAGAUGGGCUUCGCUGCGGCCCAGCCUUACGGCCAGUGGGGCCAGUGGUACGGCAACGGGCCCCAAAUCAGCCAGUACGUCCCCAACGGGUGGCAGGUCCCCACCUACGGCGUCUACGGCCAGGCCUGGAACCAGCAGGGCUUCAAGUAAGUAGCGCCACGCGCACAGGGCUCCCCUCCUCCUCCUCCUCCUCCAACAUCAUCUUCAGAGCCCCCCCUCCCCUCAAGACCGGGCAGCGGGAGCCAGCUCUGGCCACAGGAGGGCGCUGUCCCCUCCCUCCUCCCUCCAGAAGAGAACGAUCUGAACUGAAACCUUUCAGUAUUCUUCCAGCUCAUCUUAUCCCUGAAGGCUUUCUGGUUCUGUUGAUUUUUUUCUUUUCUUUUUUUUUUUUUCUUCCUGUAAACAAACAAACCUCUUUAAACCCAGUGAACACCUUUUAGUUUGAAUUUGGACUUUAGUGAGAACAAAUAAGAUGCUGACAGCCAGGUUUUUGUUUUGUUGUUAUUCAGAUGAAGACUUCAUUUCCUCGUGUGUAAAGACUGUGCAGUUUCUCUGUAUGUCUUCAUUCAUGACUGAACGUUCUCUUUUUUUUUUUUUUUUUUUUGUUUUUCCCCUUUUUGGUUCCUUCAGUUCAUUUUGAUCUGUAUUUGAUUGUCAGCUCUCAUGUUGAAUUUAUUUUUGUUUUUGUUUUGUUUGUUGUAAUGUGGACGUCCUAUGUGCCGUGUUGUUGUGUUACACCCAAGAGAAAUAAAGGAGAGGCCUUUUCGUUA